UUUCAACGUUGUGUGCGACGAGUCAGUGUCUCUGAGCCAGAGGUGCGACGCUGCUGCAGUGCAUACCUAUAUCGAUACCGAUACCGAUACCGAUACCGAUAUAUCGAGUACCGAUCACUCACCUCGUCCUGAACACUCACUCCACUUGAGCUACAUUCGCGUUCGAGCCGCGCUCGCGUUAUCGACUCUCGAUCUCUCUUUCUUACUCUCUGUGUGCGAAUACAUUGCAAGUGUUAUCAGAAAAAAAAAGAAAAUAAAAAACAGACGAGCAACUCGAUUUGCUCCUGAUAUAUAUUUUGUGCGAAAUCUGAACAGAUAUUGAAUACAGUUGUGGAAGCUGGCCCAGACUCCAGCCAUAUAGCCAAAGGCAAACGUGAUCAACGCUCGACGGCAGCCGCAGUGCCAUUCACUAUCUCUGUCUCUCUCCCAUCUCUCUAUCUCUGUCACGCGCAAGUAACCGGUUCGCUAAAAGGGAUUACAUAUACAAAAUACCGCUAGGGAUUAACACUAAUUGAAGAAAGAGACACCAAAAGAUCAACAAACCCGAGAAGAAAGCAGUGAAGAACGCGAAGAGACGAAUAGCAGCCGCAGCUUCAGCAGCAGCAGCAGCAGCAAAGAUUCAAAACAAACAGUUUUGAUCUUAACUGUCUAUCAGAGAUUCGGCACACAGAGAUAUAUACAUACUUGCAGGCUAUAUAGUCAGCGGAUUUAUAUAGCACCAAUCAAUAUGGGACACUAUACGCGACACAGUUGCCUCUUGGCCUUAGUCUUGUGCCUGGCAUUCAACACACAGCAUCUUUCCGUGCAUGGCGAUGCAUCACAUAUUGAAUCGGCCGCACUGCCAUUGGAACACAGAUCUGGCUAUGGACCGCCAGCGCCUGCACCCAUCUAUGGCGCACCACAGGGACCCCUGAGCACCGCUGGCGCUGGCCCCAGCAACGAUCUGUCCGACGAGGCCUGGCCGCUGGCCAGCACCAACGACAGCCCGCAGAUCAAGCAUCUGCAGGUGCAGUGCGAGAAGACACACAUGCGCGUGAACAUUGAGUUCGACCGGCCCUUCUAUGGCAUGAUCUUCUCGAAGGGCUUCUACAGCGAGUCGCACUGCGUGCACAUGCAGCCGGGCACGGGCCAUCUGAGCGCCACCUUUGAGAUCUUCCUGAAUAGCUGCGGCAUGAGCAGCUCGGCGAAUCACAAUGCGGCUGGCUAUGGUGCACCCACUCCAUCGGGCAGCUACGUGGAGAACACAAUCAUUAUUCAGUACGAUCCCUAUGUGCAGGAGGUUUGGGAUCAGGCACGCAAACUGCGCUGCACCUGGUACGACUUCUACGAGAAGGCAGUCACCUUCCGCCCCUUCCAGGUGGACAUGCUGCACGCCGUCACAGCUAACUUCCUAGGCGAUAAUCUUCAGUGCUGGAUGCAGAUUCAGGUGGGCAAGGGACCCUGGGCUUCCGAGGUAUCCGGCAUUGUGAAGAUCGGACAAACCAUGACCAUGGUGCUGGCCAUUAAGGAUGACGAGAACAAGUUCGACAUGCUCGUGCGCAACUGUGUCGCUCAUGAUGGCAAGCGUGCUCCCAUUCAGCUGGUGGAUCAAAAUGGCUGCGUUGUCCGGCCCAAGAUCAUGAGCAAGUUCCAGAAGAUUAAGAACUUUGGUCCCUCCGCGUCUGUGGUCAGCUUUGCCUACUUCCAAGCCUUCAAGUUCCCCGACUCGAUGAACGUGCACUUCCAGUGCGUCAUUCAGGUCUGCCGCUACAACUGCCCCGAGCCCAAGUGCGGACCCGGUCUGCCUGGUGGUGAGUACGGACUGCCACAGAUCGGCGGCAAUGCGCUCUCCGAGGAGUACGGUCCACCAGAGGCCUACGAACGCAAUGACUUUGCCUUGGGUGGUCUGCCUCCAGCAGCUUAUCCCGAUCCACGCCAUCCUGCCGAUGCCAGCGGCGCCUACUCCGAGAAUCAACCCGACGUUGUGCCCUCGCCUCAAGCCCAGACCUCAGCGGUGACCACAGCCGAGUCGGCGGGCAACAAUGCUGGCAGCGGUCCAGCCAGCUCCCAGGCGCCACAGGCGCAGCCACAGCAGGGCAGCAACGAACUGGGUCUGCCGCCUCCACCACUGCCUGGCCAGCCUGGCCAAUACAGCACCGUGAAGCGCAAGGAUGAGCUGAGCGGUGGCAAUCUCGUUUCCCUGGGUGGCCGUCCACGCUCCGUUGAGGGUCUGGAUGAUCUGCGCGGCGUGCGCCGGCGUCGCGACACAAUGGAGAUUGUGGUCAAGCCAAGAAUCUACAAACGUAACGCACAGGAGAUGACCGACGUGAACACGAGUCGCAUCAUUCAGGUGGUGGCACCUGGCGAUGUCAACUUUGCGCUCAACAGCAAUGCCAGCAACGAGACGGUGGUGAUCCAAUCGGCGCGCUCAGCCGAUGCCGAGACCAUUUGCAUGUCUGUGCCCAGCUUUGUCGGUGGCUUGGUGAUGCUGUUGCUCGUCCUGGCUGUGGCCUCUCUAGUCGCCGCCUUCCUCUUUGUGCGCGUGCGCCAUUUCGAUCGCAAGGGCGCGGGCAUGGCCUAUGUCAACUAAGUAGAAGGCACAACAAACACACACGACACACCACAUACACCACACACACACACGCAUACACACUAGGUAUCCAUGGCACCAUCAUUAGCACGGCGUGAAUUGAAAACCAAAUCAGUUUUAUGUGCACCUCUAUUCAUUUCACACUUCUAAUUUCUAACUUAUUUAUGCUGUCUCAUGCUCUACAACAUUUCCAUAACUAUUUAUUAUUAUAACUUUAAUUUGUUUUUGGCUAUUUAUUGAAUUGUAAUUUCGUAUGGCAAAGAUUCGCCUUAUCUGCAUGAUUCUUUAGUUCUUGAACGAUCGAAACGAAUCGAAAUAAACGAACAUUGUGACGUAAUUUUGCUUAUUGUCAGAUUUGUUAAGUUUCAGUUAUACA